CCCCAUCAACGCGACCUCGUCCCCGCGUCGCCCGAUAAUUGCUGCACGGCCUCCCAAACCGGUCCCCCUUGCCAGGUGACCGCCGACAACGACAUCGGCCCCGGGUCUCGCACAGGCAGCACAUCGCGCAUCGACCACGCCCCGAGGCCGUUUUUGUUUGUUGUUUGGCAUUGGCAUCCAGAAGGGUCUCCUGCAGCGGCCCCCCCCCCUGCCGCAGCAACGUCUCGCCAGCACGACCGUUUAUGACGGCUGGCAUCACCAGCCUACCCAUUCGAUCCUCGCCGACAUCGCGCAGCGUCCUCCAGAGAGCGGUCAGCCCGUCUGUCCAUGCCCUCGCCCGUCCAGCGCUCCCCCAUCGUCGCGUCGCGGGCACCAUCAUGUUCGCCAGGGCCGUCAACGGCAGCGCGCCGCCGCCCCGGAGCACCCUGGAGCGCACGCUCUUCCCGUCGAGCAGCCCCAGCAGCAGCGCCCCCAACGGCGACAUCCGACAGCAGUUUGGCAAGGCGGGCUCGCACAAUGUCCCGGCGUCGGCGAGGACGCCACAGUCACUACCGAAUCCGAAUCCGCUCAACGAUCGCUCCAACAACGCCGCCCCGCUGGUGAACCGCGGGGGCACCAAGUCCUCGCUCGCGUCGCUAUGCGGAAAGUCGGGCUCCUUUGCCGAGGCCGAGGUGGUGGAUCUCACCGGCGCGGACGUGCAAAAGAAGGCCCAGGAGAUGGUGGAAUUUGCAGAAGACGACUUUAGCGAUGAUGCCGACUUGGACCUCGAUUACGAGGCCCCGAAGGCACUGCCCCCGUUGCCUUCGAGACCUGUGGUUCGGGAUACCAUGCCGCCGCCACCGACGCCUUCACAGGCCGAAACUCCUAUUCCAUGGUCUUCGUCUCCGGCGUCGCAUUUGCAGCCGGCUUUCCCUCAGCGCAGUCUCUCCGACGCGUCGGCCGCCACUCAGCCGUCCCUCAAGCGUGAGUCCUCGGGAGAUAAUGACCUGCCAGAAGUUCCUAUGCCCAAAAAGGCCAAGAAACGAGUUCUCCCUGCCAGCUUUGGUGUUCGAAGAGAAGAAGCCGAGGCGGAUGAGGAGUUCGCCGCCCACGCCGCGCCCCGAACCCCGGCCUCCAAGUCGCGGAGCUUCUUGGACCCCACGGCCAGCGCUCUGGCAGAACAGAAGAAGCAACACAAGAACCAGCGGACCCAGCGGCUGGCCGAAGCCGAGCAGGAUGAUGCAGAGGACCCAGACGAAGAAUCCUAUGCCGUCCCGGCUCCUCCGCCGAAACCCGCCCCCAUUUCAUUGAGUACCGAGCAACGACACGUGCUAGACCUAGUAGUAGAAAAGAACGCGAGCGUCUUCUUCACCGGCCCGGCUGGUGCAGGCAAGUCGGUCUUGAUGAGGGCCAUCAUCCAAAGACUGAGAGAAAAGUUCAAACACGACCCCGAACGAGUCGCCGUGACGGCAUCGACGGGUCUGGCAGCUUGCAACAUUGGCGGCAUGACGCUUCACAGCUUCUCAGGUAUUGGCUUGGGCAAGGAGAGCGCGACAGAGCUGAUCAAGAAGGUCAGGAGGAAUCCAAAGGCCAAAAAUCGAUGGAUCAAGACCAAGUGCCUCAUCAUCGACGAAGUCUCAAUGGUCGACGGAGAGCUAUUCGACAAACUGUCACAAAUCGGACGGACCAUUCGAAACAACGGCCGCCCCUGGGGCGGCAUCCAACUCAUCAUCACUGGUGACUUCUUUCAACUGCCGCCCGUGCCAGAUUUCGACAAGAAGCGGGAGGUCAAGUUUGCAUUUGACGCCGCUACCUGGAGCACUUCAAUAGACCAUACCAUUGGUCUCACACAGGUCUUUCGCCAGCGCGACCCGGAUUUCGCCCGCAUGCUCAACGAGAUGCGACUGGGCAAGAUCACCCAGCAAACGGUGGACGCGUUUAGGGCUCUGUCACGCCCGCUCAAGUUUGACGACGGUGUCGACUCGGCCGAGCUGUACCCAACGCGAGCGCAGGUCGACAUGUCAAACGAGAAGCGGUUGCGGGACCUCCCGGGCAAGGCGUAUCGCUACGAGGCCAUGGAUACGGGCGACCCCAAGAUCCGCGACAAGCUCCUCGCAAAUAUGAUGUCACCCAAGGUCAUCGAGUUGAAGCAAGACGCGCAGGUGAUGCUCAUCAAGAACAUGGACGACACGCUGGUCAACGGAUCCCUGGGCAAAGUCAUCGGCUUCUCGGACGAGAAGACGUUUGAGAUGACGAGCGGCUAUGGGUCAGACGACGACGCCAUGACCAAGGCAAAGAGAAAACUGGCCGCGUUUGGCCGCAAGGACGAAAAGAUGCCGCAGAAGACGCAAAAGUACCCAGUGGUGCAGUUUGUGACGUCGAGCGGCGUGCCUCGCGUCAUCCUCUGCCAGCCGGAAGAGUGGAAGGUGGAGCUGCCCAACGGCGAAGUCCAGGCGAAGCGAAACCAGCUUCCCCUGAUUCUGGCAUGGGCUCUUUCUAUCCACAAGGCACAGGGCCAGACCCUGGAGCGCGUGACGGUCAACCUGGGCAAGGUGUUUGAAAAGGGCCAGGCGUACGUCGCGCUCAGCCGCGCUACGACGCAGCAGGGGCUCCGCGUCAUCGGGUUCGACAGGUCCAAAGUCAUGGCUCACGAUAGAGUCGUCGAGUUCUAUGGCAAGCUUUACUCCGCGGAGCAAGCCCACGGCCUGUUGAAGCCCAACAACAUCAUGGACUUUGUCUCGAACAGGAGAGGAGAGCAGCAGCCGUCGGCACGGUCAGCGCCGACGAUGGCGACCGCCGCCGCAAAGAAGAAGGUCGAGGUGGUGAACUUGGACGACGACGAGGAAGCGAUUGCAUCGUAUGGAUAUUGACGGUAUCGUUUACCCCGGCGCAUUGCGCAAACGGCAUUAGGUUUUUCUUGGCGCAACAUGGAGCGAUAAUGGCACGGUCGACCCAGCUCAUGCUUGUAUGUACUGUAUAUGACGUACCGAGUGAGGAGUCUUUCAUAGAUGCAUUGUUCAACGCAGUGCGCGUGCAC